AUGGACGCAGAACAGUUUGAUUCGCCUAACGAGCAGCAGAAAUCGAAGGAGCUGAAGACAAAGGAAGCAUAUUUUGCCCGCCUAUCUCAGUGGGCAGAGGAGGCCAAGGCCGCUCAGCUGAUGUCCAACUAUUUGUACCUCAACUACAACUAUAACUAUAACUGUAACUACUACUAUACUCAAGCGCAGAAUAGAAAUUUGGUUCAACCCAUGACUCGGCGACGACGUCGACGCUUCGAUCCUCUACGCGUGCUGGACGACGUGCAUCAAAGGGAGGUGAUUCACCAUUUCGGGGGCAGCCAAAUGCUGAUCGCGCCGUUCUGGAAGCGAGCUUUGGCUGAAUUUCUGGACGCAUUGAUACUGUCAGUGGUAAAAGUCGCUUUGGCCUUGGGCUUCGUGCGCAUCUUCAGCAUUGACCUGGAGAACAGCUUGCUGAGCAAGGCCUUCAAGGAGGACAACCCUUUCAUGGCUCUCUUCGACCUGUCCAUGGACAUCAUCUCGCUGCCCUACAACCUGCUGAUCGUCAUUCUGCUGACCAAACUAAAUGUCUGCCUCUACGAGUGUUGGUGGACGAUUUUCAACAACGGCGCCACGCCUGGCAAGUGGCUAAUGAAGAUACGAGUGGUCUACGUGGAGGCUGUGGUACCGCUGCAGCACAAUGCGCCAGCUCAUUUCAUAUUCCAAGGCCAGACCCGUCCACAGUGGGCCAUGCUCUACCCCUGCGAGACGCCGAGCUUCACGAGAUCCCUGCUGCGCGCCUUAACCAAGAACAUGGUCGUGACCUUCUUCUUUCCCGUCUGCAUCGUCAUGAUUCUACUCAAGAACAAUCGCACCACCUACGAUAUUGUGACGAAAACAGUUGUUGUCGAGUCGACUCCCAAUCAACCUCAUCCACACCACUUUUAG